GAUGAAAAUGUCGCAGCACCCAGCGAGGACGUUCUUGGUCUCGACAAGCUGAUCAAGUUGACUAAGAGGGCCAAGAUCGCUAAGAUCGACAAUCAGAGAAUAUUUAACAACCAGACGGGUUUGAACUACAUCACCAAGAACCAUGGAGGUGUACUCAGAAGCAUCAAGAAGAAUGACAAGACGUUCGAAAAGAACCAGGGCAAGGUCUCCAAAACUGCCAAGUACGACCACGAAUACAAUAACUUGACCACAGUGUUGCAGUUCUAUCAGCUAUGGUGCCAUGGACUCUUUCCAAAAGCUAAGUUCAAGGACUGUAUCCACUUGAUCCGAAGCUUGGGCGCAAGAUCUCCCCAAUUGAAGGUCUACAGGAGACAAUUGAUAGAAAUGGAACUUAACAAGUUGAGGGUAGAAAAGGGGAUUGUUGAUGAAGGCGGAGCUGAAAACCCGGAAAUCGACGGCGUGGCUCUCGAGGAGCCAGAAGCAGCUGCAGAAGAUAGCCAGGUCGGCCUGUCUGGCUUACAUGAAGAUGAGGAGGAUGUCAACUCCAUACACAGACCAAGACCUGCCAGAAGUAAUGGUUUGUUCGUGGAUGACGAUGAAGACGAUUUGUACCUGACCCCAAGCUUCCCA